AUGAAGUAUGGCUCAGAGGUACAAUCUACGGAGGCUCACGCGUUACUAAAGGUCUAUGCUAUUUAUCAACGGAAAGAAGAACACAGAGUCAUCACGUAUAUUCUCAUGCAACGCAUAAAGGGCAAAACCCUGAAGGAUCUGUGGUCUGGAAUUAAUAAGACACGAAAGGCCUCUAUCGCCAAGACUCUUCGCACCUCAUUUGAUCAACUUCGGCAGCUAAAGCACCCAGGAUAUUUCGGUAACAUCAACGGUGGGCGGCCACCACUGGACGAUGUGUUUGAAGGAACGCAAGGAGGCCUCGACAAUAUUACAUCACCUUUCGCGACCGAAGAAGAUUUGAUAAACUCGGUCAUUCGGAUCUACGCACUCGAAACUGGAGACCGUACGGCUCACAAGGUACGAUACUACCAUCAUGUUCUACCAAACGUUCUCUGCAGCAACAAGGCUCCUGUCUUCACGCACAAUGACUUGCAGAGGAAAAACAUCAUUGUGCAAGAUGACGGGACUGUUGUCAUUAUUGAUUGGGAGUAUUAG